GUGGAACCAUCCUCAUCCAUACUGCUGUCAGAUGGGCCUAUCUCUGUUUUUCCAUUUGUACCGUUACUUGACUUUAAUGGGAGGAGACUUCAACAAUGGAAGGAUGUGAUGCAGCCCCGGCAGUUUUCUCAUCUCCCCCGCUGUAAAACACACCUCAUUACAUAGUUAUACCAAGAAAACCUAAAGUGAUCAGUUAAAGGGCUUUAUUGUUGAUCUUGUGUUUCCGUCACCCUUUCUAAAAUAUACCGGCCAAACACAGACCUAUUCAGAUUACUCAGAGAGCCGUGGACAGCCUCUGUGGGGAUUCACAUUUUCAGAUGUAAACAGAGACAAUACAAGGAAAUAGGAAGCCCCCCGUUCAUAGCACAGGCUUCCAGAAGUUUCCCAGAAAACUCAUGUGAAAGUUGAGCCACAGAGCUCGCAGCUCAGGUCUGGAAGAACAGAUUUGGUCACCUGGGACCUGGAAAAAGUAGAUCUGAAGUAAUGGCUGAAGCAAUACCGCUCCGAGAAAAGAAGCAGAGGACUCUACCUCGUUCUGAUGGGUGUGGUCUGAACAACUUUGACGCUCUGGAUUUGUCCGGAGGGUUGAGGAUAGUCCUGGUGGGCAAGACUGGAUCAGGAAAGAGUGCAACAGGAAAUACCAUCCUCGGAAGAGCUGCCUUCAAAGAGGACCCGAGCCCCGUGUCCGUUACCAAACACUGUGAGACGCAGCGCGGGGAAGUGGACGGGACUGAGGUCCAGGUGAUUGACACUCCAGGUCUGUUCGACACAGGCAUCUCAGAGGAAGAAUUAAAAACCAGAAUAGAGGAGUGCGUCAAGUUGUCAGUGCCCGGCCCUCACGCCUUCCUCCUGGUGAUCAGGCUCGGCGUGAGGUUCACGGAAGAGGAAAGAAACGCUGUGAAGUGGAUCCAGGAUAACUUUGGAGACGACGCCUCCAUGUACACUAUCAUGCUGUUCACGUGUAAGGAUCAAGCCAAAGCUGACAAUGCUCUGAAGGAGUGCAAGGAGCUGCGGAGACUCUCGAUCACGUUCGGACGCAGAUACCACGCCUUCAACAACAACGACGCGGAGGACCGCGUGCAGGUCGGGGAGCUGAUCACCAUGAUCAAAGACAUGGUACAAGACAACGGGGGCAAACACUACACGAAUGAGAUGUACGAGAAAGCCCAGAGGAAGCUCAGGGAGGAGGAGGAGCGGAAGAAGCAAGAGGAGGAAGAGAAGAAAGAGGAGGAGAGGAAAAUGUGGGAUGCAGAGAGGGAACAGCAAGAGAAAGAGAGAGAAAAGGUCAAAAAGGUCAAAAGAAAGAAUAUACGCGUGGCCUCGGCUGCUGCUGUUGUGCUGGUGUUAGCUGGGGCGGUUAUAGCGGUGGGAGCUGAAACCACAGUGGCUUUGGCUUUAGGAGCUCCUGCACUCCUCCUGGGAGUGUUAUGCGGGUUAGCUGCCAUUUUGAUAUGGAAAGGCAUAAAAUGCAAAGCCAAAGCUAAUGUUCCUGUAUAACCAUAACUGAAUGUACAGUAGAAAUAUUCCAAAUACAGCGUUAACAACACAACACAUUACUAUACUGUUUAGAACGAAUCAGUGAAUGAUGUGUUUUGGCCUUUUUUUUUGCAUUCUGCUUCAAAAAAUGAAAACGUUUUUGCCAUAACAGAAGUAUGUGAAUUUAAUAGUAAACAAACGGUAUGAAAUGCAACGUUCUUUUUGUUUUCUUUUCACUUGCUUUUUAUUUGAAACCUAUUUAAGAAUAUGAGCUACACUUGAACAGAUAUUUUGAGUUGAGUCCUAAUAAAUAAUGAUAAAAUUUGUAAAUACCCCCCAUUUUAUCAUUUAACUUAUAUGAUAAAUUCUCAAAUACAACAUCUAUGCAGCUGAAUUAGUGUUCCUGAUUUAAACAAUGAUGUGCUGUUUCCUGUUCUUUAUUAUUAGUAACAUUACAGGCUCAUUUCCUUGAAGGAAACGGGAAACAAUGGGAAACGGCCAUUGAUUGAUCACAUUUGCGGAAACAGAGCAACCCUUAACUAGUCUGCCACUGUGACAUUGUCAGCACAUACCAUCUCCAACAUAAUGACCUUAAAAUGGUAACAUGGUCAACUUCCACCUCUGAAAGUAGUAGUUUCAACAUCCCUGUUCAACCAAUUAUCCAGUGAACCAGGUUUAGGUUGAAUGUACGUGUUAACCCCUUUUUGACAUGGAGAAAGACACCGUUGUGUUUAAAUGUACAUUUGCACAACAAAACACUGUCAAUUAAACAGCCUCCCUUUCUGGAAAUUUGUUGUCCUCAGGCUGCGAAGUAGCCAUUUAAGCUGCAUUUUAAAGGAAGAUGUACAGAGAAGCCUGCUUCUACAGGAUAAACCCGCAUGUCUCAGCUUUGUAGACAGUUCAGAAACUUUAGUAAAAAUGUUUGAAACAUCUCCAACCUCAUAAUUUUACAAACUGUGCAAUAAAAAAACAAAAAACAAAAACAGACUUCUGUCAGCUGCUUCAUGUAAAAUGACUGUAAAGUAAGAUUUGGGUGUAGCACUUAAAAUUCAGUAAUUACAGAUUACAUUCUUUCUUUAAGACUGUAUAAUUAAGAAGUGUAAUCUUAAUGAGUGCAGGGUGUGCCUAAAGAACAUACAAGAAACUAUUUCCCUUUGUCACAUCUUCAUGUUUGUGUUUUACCUGGAUUAACCUUUGAUUAAAAUUUGUACAUCAGAGCUGUA